AUGAGCAACAUUGGCAUGUCUGGUAUGGGGGGCACAAUGUCUGAUGAAGCCAUCAUUGCCCAGCUGGAGGCGGACAUGACACCCGAGAUGAAACACUGGGCGGAAGAGGUGCCAUGGUUUUACAGAACCAUGCCUGGCAGAACUGGCAACUUUGUGGGCCAUGCCAUUCCAGCCAGUUUCUUCCUGGGGUUUUCCGUGUUUAUUCUCUUGUUGUCUCUGAAACGAGCCAGAGCUCUGGGCCAACAAUCCUUUUCCCAAGUUCACAUUCCCGAAUGUAAUCCUCUCGUUUUGGGUCGUUUGGGGAUUGGUGGUAUGAUUGUCACUGUCAUUGGAAUCACGGAGGAAAUGAGCAGUGCCUAUCUGGCCUUUGGGAAUCCCUUGCAACAAUUGGCCCACUUGACACUCUACUUUUCCUUCUUUUUAGUGUGUCUCUGUGCCUUUUUGGAAACCAAAGGAAGAUUGCCACCCGACACCCAUCGAGCGGCCUUGAUCAUGGCUUUUGUUUCGUCAUAUCUCAUGUGGCAUUCCCACGGUACCAUGAAAAAGUUAAUGGCCGAUCAAAUCAUGCACAUUCUACUGUCGUACAUCAAUUUGAGCAAUGCCGCCAUUGUGGCCUAUUCCAUGCGAUUUACGGAUUCCACCAUGGCUUUCAUUGGUGGAUAUGCCCUACUUGUGCUGCAGUCCUUUUGGUUGUUUACUGCCGGAUUGUACGAGUCCUGUUUCAAUCUUCCCAUGCAUGAGAUUGCCACCUACUUGGCAGUUGAGAGUCUGUUGGUUUUCAUGGUGAUUGUUGUGGUAUUUGCCAUGUUUGGACCUGAACAAUCCAUGCAAGACAAUCCCAGCUAUCGAGGUGACUUUGCUCCACUCAGGGUCCGUGACGAUGAUCCUGAUGAUCAUGAGCUGUAUGACGUUUCUUAA